CGUCUACGCAAAUGCAAGGCUUUAAUUGAUCAGAACAAAAGAGAGUGUGCCCGCGUUCUCGGCGACUCCAUCAUUGAGGACCUUGCUCAGACAAUCGCUGCGCUGGCGCAUCUCAGACAAGCCAAGAAGCGAGUUAUCUUGAAUCGGAAGCUGAAUAAGCUACAAUCACCUAACACUGGAAGCUCAAACUUGGUACAUGACCUCUCCUCCAAGCAACUGACGGAACAGCAACUACGAGUGCUCCAGCGUGAAGCGUGUUGUAACACCGCUGAUGCCGACCCUGUCCAUUUCAUUGCAGCCGUAGAGGCCAUGCUUGCGAAAACUUAA